GACGGAUGCACGAUUUUGAUUGGCUAACGUUACUAAACUCGGGUGCGCUCACGACCAUGGCGACCGAAGGCGGUGGCAACGGACACGACAUGGCAGACAUGAUGAAGCUGUACACCGAAGGUAUGCAAGCUCAGUUUGGCGCUAUGAUGGGAAAGUUCCGCGCUAGUAUGGAACAAAGCGUUGGAAUGUCUCGCAUGAUGAACGACAUGAUGGAGCACCUGCUCCUACAAAGCCUCGAUGUCAAGUGCGUUGUCACAGGUGACGGCGCAGCCGCCACAACGCUCCACUUGGACGUGAGGAAUACAGGUGCCAUUCCAAUCCCAGUUGUGUGUUGCACAGUCUCCAUCCGCCGUCGGUUCCCAGCGUCUCCCGCCGACGACACCGACGACACCGACGACACCCUCCUCGUCGUCAAGACCACUCCCGCCGACCUUGACGUUGGCUCACACACUUCCACGGUGCUCCCACUCGACCUUCCUUCCCUCGACCAGUACAACGGACAGGUCGUCGUGUCCUGCGUAAGUCCAGGAAGCGGCCAACGGCUUCAGAAAUCGAAUGACUUUAGCGUGUACCUGUUGCAACAACUGGCCAUUCGACCACUCCUGCAGCCUGUCGACGUGGAGGCAUCAUCGGUCACGUCGGUUGCCCCGCUGGACCUCCAUGGCCUUCGACAGGCGCUUCAGAUUUGUCCCACUGACGGCAUCGUCCUUGCUUCCCACGGCCACUAUACCAUCCAGUCAUCAGCCGCCACCUCUCCCUCAUUCGUCCUCGCUGUGUCGCAAAUCGACGCCACCACGUGCCACGUACAUGUCACUAGCAUAACUGCGACAGAGUCACAACCUUGGACAGCCCACGAUAUUGUGUUCGAAGUCGAAGCGCUAGCUCGUGUAACGUAAUGGAAUACGAUGCUGCAUCUUUGGCAAUAGAGUGUUGCUUGCUUUUCGGUACUUCCAUAACGUGGUCAAUACAAACAUAAUUUUGUACAGC